GUACAACCCAGAUACUGCUGCACGGUACUCCAAGUACAAGAUACAACUAAAACACAACAUAAUACAGUGGUCAUGUCUAAAACAUGUGUCUUACGAUAUUCAUUGUACCAAUCAGAGUAUUCAAUAAAUUAAAGUGACCAAUCAGAUAGUCUAUUGUCUCGAACAUAGAGCUAAGACACUGUGUCUUCGUCAAGAUACGUGUCUUGAGUUUUUUUACAUUCACCCCCCUAGACACACUGUAAGACACAACUUAAAACACCCACUGUACAUGCCCUUAAUUUGCUUCGGAUUAAUGGUCUGCUUGUGCUUUAUUAAUGUCUGCACUUCGAGUUACUGAAAAUAAGGCUAUCAUAAUUUGCUGCAGCUACACACUCACAGUACACACAGACGUGUGCAGAACUGCAGAGACAUGGAGGACUCGAGCUUAUUCAUGCAGUGGGCGAUGGACACGCUGCAGCACGAGAACAACCCUGCGCCUGCCAGCGCCGCCGCCGUCCACGGCGGCUUCAGCGAGGCUACUUUCCCCUCGCUCAAAGCGCUCCGCGAGGCCUCGCAUGCAGCCGAAAUGGUCCAGGAGUUGAUCGCGGACGCCGACGUCGUCCGCCAUGCGCCAAACAGCUGGAACUCCGGCGACAACACCACCGCGAACUACAACGUGCCCGCGGGCUGGGGCUUCGGCGGUGCCACUGCAGCCUCCGCGCUGCCAGGCAGCCACGGCAUGAUGGAGGCCCCGCCUGCCAUGGCCACACGCGGUCGGCCGCCGCCGGGUCUGGUGUACAGGCUUCCGCCGACGAGGAGAGCCGGCCUAAAGAGCUUGGGCUCCAUGGCGGCGGCGUACGCGAAGGACCACAUCAUCGCAGAGCGGAAACGGCGAGAGAAGAUCAACCAGCGCUUCAUCGAGCUCUCCACUGUUAUCCCAGGCCUCAAGAAGAUGGACAAGGCGACCAUCCUUCUGGACGCGACAAGGUACCUGAAGGAGCUCCAAGAGAAGCUGAAGGAUCUGGAGCAGCGGAAGGAGGCCGGCGGCGGGAGCAUCGAGACCCUGGUGCUCGUCAAGAAGCCAUGCCUCCAUGCCGCGGCUGCGCGGGAUGACGACGGUGGCUCCUCGCUGCCGGCGUCGCCGCCGGCAGGCACACCAACAGAGGGGAAACGGCUGCCGGAGAUCGAGGUCCAGUUCUCGGAGUUGGAGAAGACCGUGGCGGUGAGGGUGCACUGCGAGAACAGGAAGGGGGUGGUCGUCCACGUGCUCGCCGAGCUUGAAGAUCUCCACCUCAGUAACAUCCACGCCAAUGUUAUGCCGUUCACGGCUUGCACUCGGAUCAUAACCAUCACGGCAAAGGCUAGUUUUCCUUGCCCGGCCUUUUAAUUUGACUGACCAUGCUGUUCAUUAUUGUGCUAUGCUGCAUUUCUUAAUCU